CAAGGUUUAUGGCCGAAGGGUGGUUUGCUUGGAUGAACAACACAUUCGAUGAGAUCUGGAAUAACAACCUUGUUUCCUUCCCUCAAACGGCCGCUGAUGAAACCGAUGAGAGCUUGAUGGCUAUAAAAGAAAAGAGUCCUUGUCUCACUCCAGGUUCUACGACGAGAUAGGAACUCCUCUGCUCUCCGACAUAAGGAUCAACUACACAGAGGACUCCGUGCAGUACGUGACUCAGCACCUCUUCACCAACUACUUCAACGGUUCUGAGAUCGUCAUCGCCGGAAAGCUCACAAACCAAAGUGCAGAAUCCCUUCACGUCCAGGUCACUGCCAGCAACAACGACAAGAGCAUCAUCCUGGAGACCGACGUGCCGCUGCGCCACCGGCAAAAAGAGACCGAGAAGCACGUGAAAGAAGCCACAGCAGCGAUGGCGGCUGGAGCCAAGGCCCCGGGGUCAGGGGGCGCACAGGGAUUAGGGGUCGCUCUGGGUUCCAUCGCAGAGGACUUUGUGGAACGUGUCUGGGGUUUCCUGAGCGUCAAGGAGGGGCUGCGGUCGCGGCUGCGCAGCCAAACCAGCAAGGACAGGGAGGACCACACUCAUCAGGUCACGAACCUCUCCCUCACCUACCACUUCCUCACUCCCCUCACCAACCUGGUGGUGGAGAAACCCGAGGUCCUGGAGGACGGCUCCAUGGCCCCGGCUCCCACCGUCAAGCCAGCGUCUGGUGAGGCUGUCUCAAGCGCCAACGACCUGCAGAGCGACUUCGAGGACGGAAACUCGCAGCUGUCCGACACGAAGCCGGGCAGCCGGGCCUCAUCUCCGAGCAACACAAUUGGUAAAGUUGAAAAGCGACCGGCCAAGAAAUCCAUCACCGUCUCCAAAACAUCAGCGGAUGGUGACCCUCACUUCGUGGUCGAGUUCCCGCUCAGUAAACUGACCGUGUGCUUUAACAUCAACGGUGAACCUGGACACGUCCUUCGCCUGGUCUCUGAUCACAAGUACUCCGGCGUGACAGCGAACGGGAAGCUCAUCGGCGCCCCGGCUCCACCGGGCAGCCACAAGCAGCAGCGAACCUACUUCAGCACCAUCAUCAUCGUUGUGGAUCGUCCCCGACGCGCUUACAUCGAGGUGACCCCGAAGAAAGUCAUCCUGGACGGCCGAGACCGCAUGGUACUGCCCUGCAGCUCCACUGUGGCCGUGGACAGCGGUGCGUUGUCCGUGUCCAUCGUGGGAAACGCAAACGUGACUGUGACGGUCGGAGGGAACGUCAGCUUCGUGAUCUUGCUGCAUCAGUACAAGAACCCGGCUCCCUACCAGAGGGACCAUCUGGGGUUCUACAUCGGAAACAGCAAGGGGCUGUCCCACAACUGCCACGGUCUGCUGGGUCAGUUCCUGUAUGAGGAAGUGGGACUGGCCGAGCUUCCCGCAGAGGGGGACGUGAAACCCUCUCAGGUGCUGAAGGUGAAGGGCCGCUCGGUGCCCGUGGUCCAGAAGAGCCGACGGAUCUACAGCGGGACGCAGAGCGUGGACUGCUGGUUCGCCAGAAAUAACGCAGCCAAGCUGAUAGACGGACAGUAUGAGGACUAUCUGGCUCCACACAUGUUCGACACGGGGGACGGGCCACACGGGACCAACAGCAUGUGAGGCGGCAGAAGUGAAAAUCGACCUGAAGAUCACAUCUGGUUACCACCGAGGCCGACGGUAGCUAACCCCUCGUCCCAGCACCAGUGACGCCACACACAUCUACAACACACACACACACACACAGCUCCAUAGUCCUCCCUGUCAUCAGCUGGAGGUCACAGGGCUGCAGGCCCCGCCCACACAGGUGUGCUCCGACCAGGUCCCGCUCAGGUUGUCUGUCAUCGCUCCGCUUCGCCCCGGCUGCCGCAGGAAUUCAACACCAAACCACGGGUUCAUGUGUCAGCCAUCUUUAUUCAUCGCACAGAUUCAAGAGAUACAGAAGCACCGCGGUACAACCCGAUGACGACACUUAAGGACGUGCUGUGUCGCUUCCUCCGCAUGAUCUUCAUUUCAUUGAUUACAAAAAAAAAAAAAUGUACACAAAGCUACGUUGGAAUAGAAAAUAAAUCAGGAAACGUCAAACCUUCGAAUCUAGAAAUGUAAACAAGUAAACUGACACGUUUGAUGAUUAAUAUACAACAGUCACCUACUUCAAUUCAUCCUGAAUUUAAAUCUGAGCUCGGACGUUUCUCCUGUUUCCGAACUUAAAAACCUUCUAUUCCACCGUCGUCACCACAGAUCAGAACACAAUCAAAUAUAUAUAUAUAUAAAAUAUAAACAGAAUAAAUUAAGACAUGUGCCAUAAGAUAACAGCUGCUGCGUCCUCCCACAGAGAGAACGACGACGGCCGAGCCCGUUCUUUUUAUUUUAGAAUAACUUUUCUGUUUUCAUAUUGACGACGUUUUGUAAAAUGAGGAGGAGAAUAAAAACCAUUCCUCUCACAUCUGUACACUAAUUGGAUUUAGUUGCCUGUGGACGGAGCCAGACCAAUUUCCAGUCUUUACGCUAAGCUAAGCUAACCUCGCUACGUAUGUAACAGACUGACAAGUUGUUUUGAUUUUCUCAUUUAAUUCAAAAUGUUAAAAUACUAAUUUGUCUGUUUGAUUUCGACUUAAUAAAAGUUAAAUAUAUUCUCAGAAAUGAUUCCUUUAUUUUUGUCCAUCACGUUGUUUAACAAACAUUAGAACUUCUCUGCUGUGUGUUACUGAUAUGAAAAUCAUUGUGUCACCUCUUAGCGUGACCUGGACCUUUUCUACAACCUUUAAAACAAAUGUCAACCAAUUUAAAAACACGAGGAAUGACGAUAAUUACACCUUCAUUAAAAAAGGCAGAUGUGAAGUGAUUAUAUUUGAUGGAGUAAAGUUGAACAGCACUUUUUAAUACAUAUGUAAAGAUACUUCACCGGUUUGCUCCUCUUUGGAACGUGACCCACGAUAAAUGAUUCUUUAGAAAAGGACAGAUUUAUUUCAGUCACUUGUUCUUUUCCGUGUGUUUCGCCCUGCGGCCGCUGCGCUCCGUGAUAAUCUCUCCUCACACGUUCAGGUGUGGUUACGCUCUGACGCAGAACGGAGGGCAGCGAGGUGAGACGAUUAAAAAAAAAAA